AUGGAUCUGGAAUGGAUCAGCAGUCGCAAACAUCCAAAUUUCUUCCGCCUAACGUCAAUAAGCCAGCUUUUCCGGCUGACGGUACUAGAUGGACAUCCGUCGACGGCGGAGCCAGCGGGCACCGCCCAGGAACGGACCUGCUUCCCCGGGAUUUUGGGCUUCAAUCGAGGCAGGCGUGGGGCAGCAUGCUGGGCGUCAUGUGCAGCAGCUGUCGGGCAUGUGCGGCCCAUGCUGCUGCCGCGGCCGGCGCUGAGGAUCCUGGAGCGGCAGCCGUGCUCCUGCGCCGCCGAGACCUGCGGCUGCUGCGCCAGCAUAGACCUCCGCUACAUCAACUUCAGCGAGAAAGGAUGUAUGAACUUCACAGUCGCACUGAAAGACCUCUCGGUUAAACUGGACUUGUUAGUAAAUGACAAAAGUAUAUAUCGGACUGGACUCUCAGCCCGCAACCCGCCGCCGCUGUGCGUGCCGCUGCCGAUGCUGCCGGCGGUGGCGCUGUGUGUGCGCGUCUACGACAUCCACUGGGAGGACGGCGCGCUGCACGUGUGCGCCAACCUGGAGGCGACCGUCUUCUCGACGCCAGCGCUCGUCAUCCCCUUCGACUGCAUCCGGCUGGGUCCGGGGGGCGUCGACCUGGUGCGGCCCAGCGCCUCCACGUCGCAGUUCGGCCUCUUCCCGCACGCCCCCAGGGACCCUUCGCAGCGGAUCGCCGCCUCUCCAGUGCCCACCAGCAGGCGGCCGUGA